AUGCCACCACCAGCGGACCUUUUAGGAGUUAUGCGAAUAGUAGCAAUGGACUCAAUGCAAGCGAUGGAUGCCCUGCAGGAUGAACAGGAACUGUACUCGUGCAGUGAAGAAGAAAAUAAUGCAUCAUUGAUCGAAUCUGCCAGCUCGGAUUACCGUUUGAGAUGGGAGGCUGACAUGAAAUUGUCGCCAGGACAGCUACGGAAUAACUUUGACUUAGCAGAGCCUGCGAAUCCUCAGGUCUCUGAGGUUGGCUCUGAAACCUCGUCUUCUUCAUACUAUCCGGUCACAGCUGUGGAAUUGACCGGUCAGGAGUCACCUGCAAUGCCUUCUUACCAGAAUGGUCAAGAAAAUUUGCAGUCAAUUCAACAAGCCAACGUUCAUUACAAACUACCAUCUCAAUAUUCAACUCACCGAGAGGACAGGUCUAUAUCACGCACCGUCCAUGUCCUAGGGACAGGGCCCAUUGGGCAAUUCAUUGCAUAUAACCUUGCUGGAAUGGAUUGUCCGCCGCCUGUUACUUUACUGAUGCAUCGACCACUGUUAAUUCAACAAUGGCAUCAAAGCCAACAAGUUCUGAGGGUGUUCAAGGAUGGAAUCAUAAGGGAACAAUCAGGUUUUAAUGUUGAACUAUCCGCAAAUUUCAAUAUUCCUGGGCCUGAUUCAGAAACCGGUACCAUCAAGCACAGAUUUGGAUACACUGAGGAUGUGAUAGACAACCUGAUCAUCACUACGAACGGGGACAAAACUGUGGCGGCACUCACGUCAAUAAAGCAUCGUCUCCGCCCCAAUUCAACGAUAUGUUUUGUGCAACAUGGAGCAGGUGUUAUCGAGGAUGUUAACAAACAUGUUUUCCCAAAUUUGCCAGAUCGUCCUCAUUACAUGCUUGGUAAUUUAUCUCAUGGAUUGUUUGCAACAGACCAACUAUGGACCGUGGCUCAAACUACGCAGGGACAGCUAAAGCUUACCAUUCCCACAACUAACAACAAUGCCUCCGCUGAUGGACUAUUGUCUGAAAGCACAGAUAGGAAGCUCCUGAACAACUGGGCCCCAUCUUCAAGAUACCUGUUAAUGGUACUAAAUCGAUCUCCUCAACUUGAAGCCAUAGGCUUAAACUAUCCUGAGUUUAUGAAUUUUCAUCUCGAAUACAUAGCCGUCAAUUCCGUCAUUGGGCCGUUGUCUGUCAUCUUCGAUUGCUCAAACGACCACCUUUUAUACAAUUUCCAAGCGAGUCAGACGAUGAAGUUCCUUUUAAAUGAGAUUUCGCAAGUUUUGAAAACCCUUCCAGAGCUCGCGACAGUCGCAAACGUUAACAAACGUUUUGGACACCGCAGGCUAACAAGCAUGGUAUUAUCUGUGCUUGCUCGCAGCGGGGAAAAUGUGACAUCUAUGUUACACAACGUUAGGAAGGGGAUGAGAACGGACAUUGACUUUUACAAUGGCUACCUCGCUCGACGAGCUAAAGAGUUGGAGAUUCCCUUUACCUCAAAUGAGCUAGUUAUAAGUAUGGUGAAAGCAAAACAAGCCAUGAAAUCCAGAGAGAUGAAUUCACACAUACCGGUGGUUGAUCGGAGAUAA